UUGAAAUUAAAAUUGAUAGUAAUUCAUUUUGCAUUUCUAAAUAAUGCGACGAUUAAUUGUUUUGUUUGUUUAUAUUUUCUAUUUGAUUAUCGGAACUGUGAAUGCUGAUGUAGUUGGAAGUAAAACUAUUAAAAAUGACAUACCGGAUAAACCGAAUGAAAGUAUUUUUAUUAUUUCGUUCGCGGAUACAAUAGCCACUGUCAAGUUCCGCAAUAGUACUAAUAAAAAUUGUGACGUAUGGUACUCUAUCGAAAUUGUUGAUACAACAGAAAAUAAUGAACGUAAAGAUAUUGGGAAAUUAACAUGCAAUGAUAAAUUUAAAGUUGGUGAAAAUUUAACAAGAGGUAAUAUUCACAGAGUCGAAAUUAAGGCUUGUAAUAACAUUGGAUGUUCUAGCCCAUUUUUGAGCAAAGAUUAUAGAAAUGAUAUAGCAUCAGGAAACUUGGAAGAUUUAAAUAUUGGUGGAACUUGGGUUGAUCUGCAAAUUAAUUUCGAUAUGGAUAGAACUAUUGAAAAUAAUUAUUUGUUUGUAAUAGAGAACGUUGUUACUUCCACAUUUAGAUACACUGAUAGUGUAUUAUAUUCAUAUCAUGUAGGUCGUUUUUAUGUAUUUGUUUAUGAUCUUACUCCAAACAUUGACUAUAAAUGUCGAGUUGUUCUCAAAAAUAAUGGUACAUUUUUCGAAAGUAGAGUACUCAGAUCUUAUCAAUAUCGAGGAGUACCUUAUCCAGUAAUUGAAGAGGCAUUUUAUGUUUUAUUUGCAAAUAAUAAAGCCAGUGUCGCUAUGAAAGAACGAUUUAAUAUAUACUUAUCUGACUGGUUAAAAAUUGAUCUUCUUCAUUCAGUAAAUAAUAACAUUAUUGAAAGUAGUAACCUCACAUGGAAAGAUAGCUCUGUUCAUUUUAACAAUCUCCGAAAAAAUGAUUCAUACAGACUUCAAUUUACGGCUUGUAAUAAAUUCGGAUGUUCUAAACCGAUUGUGAGCAGAAAAUAUCAAUCAGGCGAAUCAAAAAUUAACAUGAAGGUUCUGAACGUCACGGAGACAUCAUGCACCGUUCAGUGGACAAAUUUGACAAAUUCAAAAGUAACAAAGUACACGAUAAAUUAUAUAAACGAGUUAAAUAGGGAAAUUUCUGAAACUUUAGUUUCCAAAUCUACGGAAAUUAAUCAUACGAUAAAUGAUUUUAAACCUAAUAUCAUAUAUCCUAUUUACACUUAUAUUUUAGAUGAUGAUAAUGAUCAAGAGAUUGCUUAUACAGAAACAGAAUGCACUACUCUGGAAUCGAAAGAAUUACCUAAUAAAACAUCGGAAGAAAAAUUUUAUUUUACUUUUAUAAAUACGGAAGCCGUUGUCAGUUUCAAAGAAGAAUAUAGAUUUAGACAAUGUGGAAUAUGGUAUAAAAUCCAUCUUAUGGAAGCAAAAAGUGACAAAAUUAUUGAAACUAAUAUACUGGAGUGUAAAAAUGUUUCUGUACAGUUUUCUAAUAUUACUGUUGGGAAUACAUACAAGUUUCAAGUUAUGACUUGUAAUGCUUUAGGAUGUUCUGAUCCGUCUUUCAGCAAAAAUUAGAAGUCUGAAAUAUAUAACUCAACGAAACCUACGUUUAAAGUAUUGGACGUUACUAAAUUUUCAUGUUCAAUUCAAUGGAUACAUCGUCCCGAAACUACUGAUAUUAAAAUAUUGCAAAGUACUUCUUUGUUAUCUUCUGAAAAUACGUAUGAAAUGGAUUGUAUUGUAAUUGGAGGUUCAAAAAUUGAGACAAUACCUAACUCUUUGGCCUUCACCGAAUGCGAUAAACAUUUUUAUAAACUUCUACCUAAAAAACCGAUAAGAGAAGAGUUUAUAAUUGCAUUCGCGGAUACGUUUGCCACUAUCAAACUGCAUGGCAUGGUUCAUAAGAAUUGUAAUUCUUGGUUCUCAAUCGAAGUCGAAUUAUUAUAUGAAAGAGAUUCAAAAUCACCUUUAUGGUCUGGAGUUUUCUACCCUUGUUUUGAUAAAAAUGUAACUGUUAGAGAUCUCAUAGAAGAAAGUUUCUACAAGGUCUCUAUUGCAGCUUGCAAUAAAAUAGGAUGUUCUCGUAAAUUAUUGAACAUGAUUGGAUUUCAAACUACUGAAAUCAUUUGAUAUACCUGAUGGGCCAAAAGGCACACACUCUGAAUUAUUGAGCUAAGGAUUUUCGUCUUCAUAAGUAUAUGAUUUGUUAUAAAUAUAAGUUUAUAUGAUUUCAAUUAUUGAGUUUAUAAUUUUUUAAAGUUGAAUAAAAUUAUUUCAAACAUUA